AUGGGGAAGGAUUCGCGGGAUUACUACGGGAAGCACGGGACGCCUCAGAAAUACGACCCCACCUUCAAGGGACCCAUUUACAACAGGGGCUGCACAGAUGUCAUUUGCUGCGUGUUCCUCUUCCUGGCCAUCGUAGGCUACGUGGCCGUGGGCAUCAUAGCCUGGACCCAUGGAGACCCUCGGAAGGUGAUCUACCCCACGGAUAGCCGGGGCGAGUUCUGUGGGCAGAAGGGGACAAAAAAUGCGGACAAACCGUUCUUGUUUUACUUCAACAUCGCGAUGUGUGUUAGCCCCCUGGUCCUGCUGGAAUUUCAGUGUCCCACUCCUCAGAUCUGCGUGCAGCAGUGCCCAGACCGCUUCCUCACCUUUCUGAAUGCGCACAGCUCCCGUGAGCCUCGUGACUUUGAGUAUUACAAGCAGUUCUGCAUGCCCGGCUUCCGGAACAGCAAAAGUGUGGCCGAGGUGCUUCGAGAUGGGGAGUGUCCAGCGGUUAUCAUCCCCAGCAAACCUUUCGCCCGGCGGUGCUUCCCGGCCAUCCACGCCAGCAAAGGGGUCAUCAUGGUGGGCAAUGAGACAACCUACGAGGAUGGACACGGCACCAGGAAGAACAUCACAGACCUAGUGGAGGGCGCCAAGAACGCCAACAGGGUUCUAGAGGCCCGGCAGCUCGCCAUGCGGAUUUUUGAAGAUUUCACUGUAUCUUGGUACUGGAUUGUCAUAGGUUUGGUCAUUGCCAUGGUGCUGAGUCUCCUGUUCAUCAUCUUGCUGCGAUACCUGGCAGGCAUUAUGGUCUGGGUGAUGAUUGUCAUGGUGAUCCUGGUACUUGGCUAUGGCAUAUUUCACUGCUACAUGGAGUACUCUAGACUGAGGGGAGAGGCAGGCGCUGACAUCUCCCUGGUGGACCUUGGCUUCCAGACAGACUUCCGAGUGUACCUGCACUUGCGGCAGACCUGGAUGGCUUUCAUGAUCAUUUUAAGCAUCCUGGAAGCCAUCAUCAUCCUGUUACUCAUCUUUCUUCGCAAAAGGAUAUUGAUCGCCAUAGCCCUCAUCAAAGAAGCCAGCAGGGCUGUGGGACAUGUCAUGUGCUCUCUGCUCUACCCACUGGUGACUUUCUUCCUCCUGUGUCUCUGCAUCGCCUACUGGUGCACCACCGCUGUCUUCCUGUCUACCUCUAAUGUAGCCGUGUACAAGAUUUUUGAUGACACACCCUGCCCGCUUUUGAGGAACACCUGCAACCCCGAGACCUUCCCCUCAGCGAAUGAGAGUCGCCUGUGUCCCAAUGCCCGCUGCCAGUUUGCCUUCUAUGGUGGUGAGUCGGCCUACCACCGUUCCCUGCUGGGCCUGCAGAUCUUCAAUGCCUUCAUGUUCUUCUGGCUGUCCAAUUUCGUGCUGGCACUGGGCCAGGUGACAUUGGCUGGAGCCUUUGCCUCCUAUUACUGGGCUAUUCGAAAGCCUGAUGACAUGCCUGCCUUCCCCCUCUUCUCUGCUUUUGGCCGAGCACUCAGGUACCACACAGGGUCCCUGGCCUUCGGCUCCCUUAUCCUGGCCAUUGUGCAGAUCAUCCGAGUGAUUCUGGAGUACCUGGACCAGCGUCUAAAAGCUGCACAGAACAAGUUUGCCAAGUUCCUCAUGGUCUGUCUCAAGUGCUGCUUCUGGUGCCUGGAGAAGUUUAUCAGAUUCCUCAAUAGGAAUGCCUACAUCAUGAUUGCCAUCUAUGGUACCAACUUUUGCACCUCGGCCAGGAAUGCCUUCUUCCUGCUCAUGAGAAAUAUCAUCAGGGUGGCCGUCCUGGACAAAGUUACAGACUUCCUCUUCCUGUUGGGCAAACUUCUGAUUGUGGGUAGUGUGGGCAUCCUGGCCUUUUUCUUCUUCACCCAUCGGAUCAGAAUCGUGCAAGAUUCGGCCCCACCUCUCAAUUAUUACUGGGUCCCCAUACUGACAGUGAUCAUCGGCUCCUACUUGAUCGCACAUGGCUUCUUCAGCGUCUAUGGCAUGUGUGUGGACACGCUGUUCCUCUGUUUCUUGGAGGAUCUCGAGAGAAAUGACGGCUCAGCUGAGCGGCCUUACUUCAUGUCUUCCACUCUCAAGAAACUCUUGAAUAAAACCAACAAGAAAGUAGCAGAAUCUUAAAGCCGUCUGCCUCCUGCCCCUCUCAGGAAGCUGUGAUCGGGUGCUUGCUGUGCGGCGGGGUCAGAGUCCCCAGCUCAGCGGACUUGCCUAACGGCACAUCACUGCCUCUCUGCCACCCUCCCUGAGUUCCUAUCUCCAGGGACCUACAAGAUUUGGGGCAUCCCUUUCCUAUGCCAAAGGGCGCUUGGGAGUUUUCAGUGCAGCCCUGGAAGCUGGGACAGAAUGGGUCUCUCCAGUCCUCACUGGCUCUGACGGUGCCAAUUUGGUGAAGUAACUUGAGUCAAGGGUGGGAGGCGACCCAAGGAUGUCUACAGCGAGCUUCUUUGUACUUCCUGUACCCCCUCCAGCCAAGAGGAAGAGGCUGGAUGAGAGACCCUCUGCAGACGGGCUCAGUGAGCCCAGCUCCAAGCUCCCCUGCCCGCUCCAACCGGGACAGAGUUGGAUCUUUGUGGCAGGCUCAGCCCAAGAGCCAACAACUACGUUCUCGCUCUUACUACGUUUUAACCUGGACAUGCAGUGAGCGGGUCUAUCUGCUUUGUUCAGUCAGGCUCCACAGCUGCAUGGAGCCGCUGAGAGUGCCUUCAUCUGUGGCCCCACCUCCAGCCUGGGCUGGCUGGGUCACAGGAAGGAGUGUGCACGGGAGGAGUCUUCUGGAAGAAGCAGGGCCCUGUGCGAGGAGUGAGGAUGGCAGUGGCUGGGAGUGGCUGUGGGGAACAGGCCUCUCUGGUUAGAUCCUGCAGCGUGGCUUUGGCUGAUGGCUUCUUAAUGGAAAACUUGAGGCUUCCCGUCCAAGCUGGAAAAUGAAUGAGAACAGGGCCUGCCUCCCCGCCCCUUUCUCUGCCAGUAAUCCACACUGCUGUCUUUGUAAGAGGAAAGAAACUUAAGUUCACCCAAGGGAUGGUUUCAGGGGAUGAGGUAUGGGUGUGUUAUGGAUUCCAAGCUAACUAGGCCUGUCCUGUUCUGUCACCUGACACGCUAGAGAAUCUCUUUGCCAAACGUUUUGAACUUGGGAGCCAAUAGACUGGCUCCUCACUUUACCUGUCAAGCUAAGACCCUCCCCUCAGUCCUCCUUUGCCUACCAGGAAGAUACCAGGAUCUUGAAAACUGAGGCUACCAACGUGGGGUCUGUGGUUUCCUGUGCCUUCCCUGUGUGUGCCACCCCGCCCCACCCUCCUCUUGUACGCCCAGCCCCAUGCUUACAUAAUUGCAUUCCAACCGUUUAAUAAAGUGCCUCUUGUACAGA